AUGGACGCAAUUCAAGCUUUGGCAACGCAGCUGAUGCGCGAGUUUCUGAAACACUGCGACAUAAGUGAUCAUAGUCUCGAGCCUUUUAAUCAAUCUAUUCUUGAUAUGGCUACAGUCGGUGAGCAAGAUAAACAAAAGCCAAGGGCCAGAGUUGAGCGUGGAAAAGAAGGCCCCCCACCUCCUCUGCCACCAAAUCCCGCCUCUGCCGACCAGGUGAUGGACACCAUCUUGCGAAAAUGUGUAGAGCUACAUUCCAAACGUGCCCAAGUUGCUGGUGACAAGAGCUGGAUACCAGUCAAAGCCAGAAAGUACAAUGGCGAGGUUAAGAAGUACGCCGAGGAUAUCGUUGUGUUAGAUUUUCGUGACGCAGUGAGGAAACUUAACGAAGAAGUUGGUCAUUUCGCGUGUAAGGCCAUCCAAAUUAUUUACAACGAAGCGCUAUACUGGGAUAUUAUCCAGAAGCAGGCGGACGUUCUGGACCCGCUCAGGUUGCGGGCCACUAAAGGCCCUUCAGAUGGCUCUGGAGACGCAGAGAGAAAGGCCGCGAAAGAGUUGUCGACAGCACUCGGCCUACGUGGAUUUAGCCCUACUAGUCAACAAAAAUACCGCAGGCUUUGGAAGAAUCUUGCAAAUUGGCGAAAGGGUGGUGUCAGGAUGAUACUAUUCUAUCGUACAACAGAUUUUGAUAAUUUUUGCGAGAAAUACUCCGAAGAGGCGAAGACUCCUCUGGACAAAAAGAUACUCUCAUUGGAGGGCAAGUAUGGCCCUCACAUCCAGCAACUUGAGCAUCGAGUGAUGAAAGAGGCCCGGGGCGAUAUGACUGGGCGCAUUUGGUUGCAGGAGCCAUUCAUUAUGGAGAGGAUAAAGGUUCCGGAAGAAUCGUGGAACAAUGCCAACAACCCGUGGCUUUCCGAUGCAGAAGAGAACCAAUCUGUCUUCAUCACCCUCAUUCCCAGGGAUGAGAAGCUCGUUUACGUCUGUCCCAUUGUCACCAUCCAUAAAGGGGACUAUUUGGGGAUAUUCUCGGGAAAUAUUCGAUAUUCGGAUGCCUUCGACAAAAAGCGUGGCGUUUGUGGACCAACGAAGGACCUUUGGUUAGAUUACGGUCAGGUCACAGGAGUGCUAAACCAGAUGAAAGUAUCGCCACCGUACGGGACCGAGAACGUGCGCCUCGAAUGGGAGCUUAUUGACAUUUCGGUGGGCAUGCAGUGUCACCAAGCAUGGAGGGUUGCAGUUCGCGCUCUCAGGACGAUCAAGCCGUUUGAAGAGCUUAUCCGUGCAGCUCGUCACGAGGACCAAUAUCUUCUGCAUCGGGAGCCUGCUAACGCAAAAAAUGGCUAUUUGUCAGAGGGAUAA